AUGACGAUGGAUGUUAGCAAAAGCGAACCAAGCAAGAAGGGUGCCUCGCAACAGGAAUGCGCUGGCUGCGGCAAACCGAUCACGGAAAGGUAUCUCUUGAACGCGCUGGACAUGUACUGGCACGAGGACUGCUUGAAGUGCAGCUGUUGCGCGUGCAGACUCGUCGAAGUCGGCUGGUCGCUGUACACCAAGUCCAAUCUUAUAUUGUGCAAGAGGGACUAUCUAAGACUGUUCGGAAGCACCGGCCACUGUGCGGCUUGCAACAAAAGCAUACCGGCCUUCGAGUUGGUGAUGAGGGCGAGAACCAACGUCUAUCACUUGGAAUGUUUCGCCUGUCAGCAAUGCAAUCACAGAUUCUGCAUCGGCGAUAGAUACUACCUGUACGAGAACAAAAUUCUGUGCGAGUACGACUACGAGGAAAGACAGGUUUUCGCGAACAUGGCGGUACAUCCGCCGCCAACGGCAACCCUGGCACAGAUCAAGCGACAAGUGACGCAUCUUCAACCACCGACUCUAUCCACGGGAAGCCCGCAGAGACACGCAAACGGAGAGACAACCCAUAACCACAAUGGGUAUCCCGCGCCGACGAGCUCCAGCGCCCAUAACAUCCAGAACCCCAUGAAUAAUUUAAACGGUAUCAAUGCACAAACACCUUACGACACCAAAUGA